GUGCCCCGCGCGGCGUGGACUCGGGCCGCUGCCGCCAUCCCGCUGGCGAGAGGGAGAGAGAGGCCCGCCCGCUCGCCGGUCGGGCCAGUGUGGGCCAGUGCGUGAGGGCGCGGGGGGCCGUGUCAGCGAGACGCAGAGCGCAGCCGCCACCACCAAACGGACAUGUUGGAGCCCAGCGCCGCCGCCGCCUCCUUUUCCUUAUCCUCCGAACGGGACUGAGAGGGGGCCCGCCACCCUCCGCCUCUGCCGCCCGCCCCGCCGCCUCGGCCGCAGCCUCUUCCUGCCCGGCCUCUGGCUCCGCCGCUCGUCGCCCCCCCCACCCCCCCCGCCCCUCAGGCCCGGCCGGUUCCCCGGCCCCGCUCCGCCGCGGCGCGAGGUCUAUGUGACCGGCGGGCCCGGAGCAGCCGCCGCCGCAGCGCGAACAUGGACGCCGUCAACGCCUUCAACCAGGAGCUCUUUUCACUUAUGGAUAUGAAACCUCCCAUCUCUCGAGCCAAGAUGAUUCUUAUCACUAAAGCUGCUAUUAAAGCUAUUAAGCUUUAUAAGCAUGUAGUUCAAAUAGUAGAAAAGUUCAUCAAAAAGUGUAAACCAGAGUACAAGGUUCCAGGAUUAUAUGUAAUUGACUCAAUUGUGCGACAGUCUCGUCAUCAGUUUGGAACUGAUAAAGAUGUUUUUGGGCCAAGAUUCUCUAAAAACAUAACUGCCACAUUCCAAUAUUUAUAUCUUUGUCCAUCUGAAGAUAAGAGUAAAAUAGUUCGCGUGCUGAACCUUUGGCAAAAAAAUGGAGUAUUCAAAAUUGAAAUUAUUCAGCCUCUUUUGGACAUGGCAGCAGGGACUAGUAAUGCCGCUCCAGUACCAGAAAAUGUUACUAAUAAUGAAGGCUCACCUCCACCUCCAGUUAAAGUUUCUUCUGAACCCCCCCAAGCCACUACAAACUCUGUACCGUCUGUACCGCAGUUGCCUAGCUCUGAUGCUUUUGCUGCUGUGGCCCAACUGUUUCAGACAACUCAAGGUCAACAGCUUCAGCAGAUCCUUCAGACUUUUCAGCAACCUCCAAAACCACAGUCUCCCGCCAUUGACAAUGCUGUGAUGGCGCAGGUCCAGGCUAUCACGGCUCAGUUAAAGACGGCUCCUGCACAGCCACCUGAACAAAAAGCUGCUUUCCCCCCGCCUGAGCAAAAAACUGCAUUUGACAAGAAGCUUCUUGAUAGAUUUGAUUAUGAUGAUGAGCCAGAAGCUGUGGAAGAAUCAAAGAAAGAAGAUGCUGCUGCCGCCGCCGCCGCCGCCGCCGCUGCUGCCGCCGCCGCCACCGCCGCCGCCGCCGCCACGGCACCUGCUGUGGCUGUUGCACCAGCACCUGCUGCUGCCACACCGGCUGCCACGCCUGCCGCUUCCCCUCCUCAGGCACCCUUUGGGUUUCCUGGAGAUGGCAUGCAGCAGCCAGCAUAUACACAACAUCAAAACAUGGAUCAGUUUCAGCCUCGAAUGAUGACAAUACAGCAGGAUCCAGUGCACCAUCAGGUUCCACUUCCUCCUAAUGGACAGAUGCCAGGUUUUGGCCUUCUUCCUACACCUCCAUUUCCUCCCAUGGCUCAGUCUGUGAUUCCUCCAACUCCACCCGUGCAGCAGCCUUUCCAAGCUUCUUUUCAGGCUCAAAAUGAACCACUUACACAGAAGACACAUCAGGAAAUGGAAGUAGAACAACCUUGUAUCCAAGAGGUUAAGCGACACAUGUCUGAUAACAGAAAGUCAAGAUCUAGGUCAGCAUCCAGGUCACCAAAAAGAAGGCGAUCUCGAUCUGGCUCUAGAUCGCGAAGGUCCCGUCAUCGACGUUCUCGUUCUCGGUCCAGAGAUCGACGCCGACAUUCGCCUAGAUCUCGGUCCCAAGAAAGGCGAGAUCGAGAAAAAGAAAGAGAACGUCGACAAAAAGGCCUUCCUCAAAUCAAACCAGAAACUGCAAGUGUUUGUAGCACUACACUCUGGGUGGGACAGCUGGACAAACGGACUACUCAGCAAGAUGUUGCAAGUCUCUUAGAAGAGUUUGGUCCAAUUGAAUCAAUUAAUAUGAUACCUCCCAGAGGUUGUGCCUAUAUUGUUAUGGUUCAUAGGCAAGAUGCUUAUCGCGCCCUGCAGAAACUGAGCCGCGGAAACUAUAAAGUGAACCAGAAAUCCAUAAAGAUUGCCUGGGCUUUAAACAAAGGAAUAAAGGCAGAUUAUAAGCAGUAUUGGGAUGUAGAACUGGGUGUUACUUAUAUUCCAUGGGACAAAGUCAAGCCUGAAGAACUGGAGAGUUUUUGUGAAGGAGGAAUGUUGGACAGUGAUACACUUAAUCCAGAUUGGAAAGGAAUCCCCAAGAAGCAUGAAAAUGAAGUUGCUCAAAAUGGAGGGGCAGAAACCUCACAUACAGAACCAGUAUCACCUAUACCUAAACCUUUACCAGUGCCUGUCCCUCCUAUUCCUGUGCCCGCACCUAUAACAGUGCCACCUCCACAGGUCCCACCACAUCAGCCGGGUCCUCCUGUAGUUGGUGCUCUCCAGCCACCCACUUUCACGCCUCCCUUGGGCAUUCCUCCUCCGGGUUUUGGUCCUGGUGUUCCUCCUCCACCUCCUCCUCCACCAUUUUUGCGCCCAGGAUUUAAUCCGAUGCAUCUGCCACCAGGUUUUCUUCCUCCUGGACCCCCACCUCCUAUAACUCCACCAGUAUCCAUUCCUCCUCCUCACACUCCACCAAUAAGCAUCCCAAACUCUACUAUCGCUGGUAUAAAUGAAGACACUACAAAAGACUUAUCUAUUGGAAAUCCCAUUCCAACAGUGGUGUCUGGGGCUAGAGGAAACGCCGAGUCUGGUGACAGUGUGAAAAUGUAUGGCUCUGCUGUGCCACCUGCUGCACCCACGAAUCUGCCCACCCCUCCUGUAACGCAGCCUGUUUCACUUCUUGGUACUCAAGGAGUUGCACCUGGUCCUGUAAUUGGGCUCCAAGCACCAUCCACUGGUCUCCUUGGUGCCCGACCUGGCCUAAUCCCACUUCAGCGCCCUCCAGGAAUGCCUCCACCUCAUUUACAGCGAUUUCCUUUGAUGCCACCUCGUCCCAUGCCACCGCACAUGAUGCAUAGAGGUCCACCGCCAGGCCCCGGGGGCUUUGGAAUGCCUCCACCUCAUGGAAUGAAAGGCCCCUUUCCACCGCAUGGCCCCUUUGUUAGGCCUGGGGGAAUGCCAGGGCUUGGGGGCCAGGGGCCAGGCCCAGGGGGUCCCGAAGACAGAGACGGGAGGCAGCAACAGCCACAGCAGCCGCCACCGCCACAGCCACAGCCACAGCCACAGCAGCCGCCACCAGCUCAGCAGCCGCCACCGGCUCAGCAGCAACCACAACCGUUUAGAAACGAUAACAGGCAGCAGUUCAAUUCAGGUAGAGACCAAGAGAGGUUUGGAAGAAGAUCUUUUGGAAAUAGGGUGGAAAAUGACCGGGAACGGUAUGGGAACCGUAAUGAUGAUAGAGAUAAUAGCAAUCGUGAAAGGAGAGAGUGGGGAAGAAGGAGCCCUGACCGGGACAGGCACAGAGACUUGGAAGAGAGAAAUAGACGCUCUAGUGGGCAUCGAGACAGAGAGAGAGAUUCUAGAGAUAGAGAGUCUCGUAGAGAGAAGGAAGAAAACCGAGGAAAGGAGAAGCCUGAGGUGACAGACAGGGCAGGUGGUAACAAAACCGUUGAACCUCCCAGUAGCCAAGUGGGAGACGUAGACACUGUUUCAGAACUUGAUAAGGGGGAGUCUGAGUCUGCAGUUGUAAAAUCUUCUGAAGAGUUACCUGCUGAGGCUACCUCAUCCGUUGAACCCGAAAAGGAUUCUGGCUCAGCAGCAGAGGCUCCUCGUUAGAGACUGGAAUUUGUCAAAAUGUGACAGUGACGCUUCUGGAGUGUAGAGCUUGAGGUGUACAGAUGCUGUAUUAUAUUUGCUCCUGCUAUAUCACAGCCCCGCAGUAGUUGGUGGGGAAUUGUAAGCAAUUUGAUUGCUUCCCUUCUAUUUAAAAAUAGCCACAAAAUAACAAAAAAUACUGAAAAUAUGAAUAAAUAUUACCCUUUUUGCUGUAACUUUUUAAAAGUUUUGACUUUAAAAAGUUUACAAAUCGUAAUUAGAAGUGCUCUCUAUUUUUUUUUUUUUUUAAUUUAAGACAAGGUAACGGUGAAAGCUCCUCAAAACAAUAGGGAUGUUUUUAAUAAACUCUAUUUUCAUAACAAA